AAGAGGUGGGAGAGACCCAUUUCCCCCUGAGAGACAGGUGAGGAUCUGAGGACAGGAUCAUCAAAGAUAUCCGUCUCUUCCUCAGGGGUCACGCUAUCACAGUUUCUUGGUUUUCCCUGAGUUAAAGGGUCAUAAAAGCCUGAACAUAAGGGAGUUUACUCUACCUUCUAUGCUUUAUGCAGAAAUGAUUUAACUGAGAAAUAGUGUCAUAAUUUAAACCGUAUCCUGUACCCAUCUCUCAGCCUUGCCUAUUUUAUACCAGAUCCAAACUAUACUGUAAUAAUAGAUAAGUCAUUCCAUUUUCAAAUUGGCAGGGUCAAACUGUUCCCACUGAUCAAGGAUGCAGCCUAGCAAUGAGGUAGGUGAAAUAUGUGGGGUGCUGUUCAUGGUGUUUCCCGUGGCUCAUCUUGGGGGAGGAGAGCGCUAGGUCUUGGAUCCUUCUGAUGGCAUCCUAUGCAGAAAGAGGGGACCCACUGAGCCUACAAAGCAUCCUUGUGAGACUCAAGUACUUACUUAGCAGAUAUCUCUGUUCAAAGCUGGGGUGACACCGGUAUCUUUCCUAGAAGAACAGAGCCACACUGAGGGCUCUUUUAGCCUUAGAACUCUCCAUACUGUGGCCCACUAACUCCUUAGGGAGAAGGGUGAGCUCUUUAACAUCUUGUGUCCCUUAGAAACUCCAUGAGAUCAGAUCGGAGGCCCACCCCAGGGACUCCCUUAGCCACUUAAGAAACAGUACACUCUUAAGAGAUCAGGAUGGAGCUACUUGAUGGCUGGCUCUACUUUGCAUAGAAAUAAUAUAUUCUUAAGAUAUCAGAGCCACUUGAGAAAUAGUACCUCUUACAUUUAUCCUGAUAAUUAAAAAAAAUUAAAAGAUUUUAAGAACUAGAAUGGCUCUACUUGUCAUAACCUCUAGAGUUGAGCUUUACUGGUUGUUCUUUUGUUCUGCUCAGGCCAUCAGGCAUAGGUCUCCAAAUUACCAAAUUUCUGUUAGAAGAAACAAGGAGAGGAUCUAACCCAAUUAAAAAGAGAAAAAGAAGAAGGCACACAUGUUCCCUAAAAUCAGAGGCUUAGCUCCUACCCACAAUGGUAAGGUUUUCUGGUGACCAUGAGGGCAGUUAAAUGAAAAAAAGAGCAAAUAAGCAUGGUGGAAUCAUGUGACUGACUCAUGUGACCAACUAAACUAGUUGACAAACAUGGCUGAAUCCAUGUGGCUGACCCACGGGAUGAACCAAAAUGGCAGAAUCAUAUGACAAACCAACAUGGCUGACCCAUGUGAUAAACCAAAAUGGCUACAAAUCAUAGCAAAACAGUGGGCUGGGAUGAAACAAGGCACUGAGAAAGCAGCUUGCUAAUGACACCCAGAGAUAAAAGACCAUCUAGGGGAAAAGUGCAGAUGAAGCUUUGAGCACAAAAGGAGUAAACCGGGAUAGGCAUCUAUUUAAGCAGAAGACCAGGUUACCAAUAGCUAAAAAAGUAAGAAAGGUAAGCAACGUAUCAUGGACAGCAGAAACGUGAAGACAAAAAGGCAUACCGAACUCUAGGUCACACAUAUGUGCAUAUUAGCACAGCUUAACACAAUGUAGGCUAAGAUGUUCCUUCCUUGUCUGUGUCCCACAUUAGAUUGGGCACUCUGGAAGAAGAGAAACUAUCUCCUCCAUGGCCAUUUCUCCAGAGCCUAGUGCAAAAGUCAGCCAAAUUCAGAAGAGAUGAAGGUUUUGCAGAAUGUGGCUGAUCUUUAGGAAGUGAAGAUAGUUUUAUCUUCAAGAUCUCUCAAUUCUUCCUUUGGUUUGUCAUCUGGACUUCACACACUCUUUACAAGGGAUUUCUUCUCACCUCUGAUCAUUCUCUCAAUGACAGUCACUCAACUGCCCUUUGCCACUGUGCUUUAGUAGAUACAGUAGUGGAUGGGCCACUCCUUUAGUGGUGGGGACUAUGUGCUGUUCACUUUUAUAAGACUGGUUCAGCUCUAGGACAUUACUUGAUGGGAGAGAUUUGGGUGUAUUUAGGCUCCCACUUUGGGGCUCCCUUCUUUUGAAGUGGACGAGUGGAAAUCACUGAUGCUUGGGAAGUCUGAAGCUCUUGCCUGGAAACCCUAAUUUGAGUCUCAGUCCGCAAUUGAAAUUGACAUUCUCAAACAUAAUCCCACAUACAGAUCCUGUUCCUCUCUAUGUAAUGAACUCCAGCCCUUUCUUGUCAGAGCUCAAUGUGUUCCCAUGAAGCCACCAGUACUAUUUCUGAGCCCCCUACCUUCUUGUCCAGCCAUGGACUCCCUGGGCAGUCUUCCACCCUAAAUCUUUGCUGGAGGAUUGUUGGGAAGACAGCAGCUGCUGCAGUCCCUUGGCAGCUCUGUGACUUUUGUGCCUGUCUGUGUUGGUUCAUAGCUGCUACUCCAGGACCAGUUGAGUAGAGGUCUCCCCUGCAAGCAACUCUUCCCCAGGUGGUAUGGCAAUAAUGGGGAUGGGGGCUACAUGGGGACAAGCGAGAGAGGGGGCAGAUGGGCCUCCUGGGGAGGGCGUGCAGAUCUGGGCCACGGCUGGGGAGAUGGGGAGAUUGAGCUUGAACCUAGGCACCCCUGGAAGGGACAUUGGUUAGGGAUACAGGCAGAGGAGGACAGGGCUUAUAGAUUUGUGGAGCUGCUGCAAAAGGGGUUUUGGAGGAAGAGGUUGGGGGAAGGACUGAGGCUUUGGCUCUACAGUGGGACUCACUUCAUCUGGGAGGCUUUCUCUGGGCUUCUCUGGUCCCUUGUUCUGCCUCCUCCUCCCUCUUCUCAGUCUCUGUUCACUCCUAUCUGGGCCUCUCCCUUUGAUGUUCUGUUUCUGUCUUACAAGCAAAUGCAACUCAAAGGGGGGCAGGGGAAAAUGCACAAGAGGUGCUGUUAUGCUGUGGAUUCCUCAGGGAAAAAGAGAAAGGACCCCUUUUAAAAUUUGUGCAUUAGGUUCCAGAUCACAGCUUGUGUUGUAGUUGGUAGGAUUCAGCAAGGGAAUACAUUAAACACAGGACACAUAACUUAUAAGGUUACUUUACAAUAAUCACCCAAAGAUCCAAAUGCAAAGGAAUGCAAGAGAUCAACCACACACCAGAAGCCCAAAGGACUCAACCAAGGGCCUAGAUCCCAGCGGUUUCCCACACAAGUCCAGCCAGUGGCCUAGAGUCCACGGCAAUGUCCCAUGGCUGUGCAUACAGAGGACCUGCACCCGGAAGGCCCAAAGGCCAGUGGUGGAAGCCAGAAAAUCUAUGCUGGUGAGAUGAAGGAUUUCUGCCACCAAGCUGAGGGAUCCACACUGGAGGCAGGAAGUGAUGCUCACUGUGAAUAUCAGAGCUCCUCUGAGGAAAACAGCAGCCAUUCCCAGAGACAGCGAGGCCCCAAGCUCCUCCUCUGAUGAGAACAGCCUAGUUUGCAUCAGGAAAACCUUCUGCAGCAAGCUUCUCCUAGCAAAUCAAGAGGCCAGGAUCUUUCCCUACAGUUCUUUUUAUGGCCAUUGGUAACAGUCUUCAGGUGGAUCCUCCAUGCCCAGACCAUGCUGAUUCAGUUCAGCUGGGUGAUACAAGUUGCCCAUUAGUCAAUCCACCACAGCUUGGAUCCUCUGCCUUCUCAGUCCAUCUUUGAACCUCUGGAUGGGAUAUUCGCAUACCAUGUGUAUUUCCAAUGGUCUCAGUGUCCUCCCAGGGAAGUGUGAGUCUCUGAGAUCUGUCUAGACAUUUAUAGAAUCUGAAAAGUAAGUGGGCAGGGAAAUGGGAUGUUUGGGGUGGAAAAUUAAUGGGGAAAGAGGAGAGGGAGGAGUUGGAGUAGGGUGCCACUCAGGAUUGGGGCCCUCUUCCUCUGCUGAGUUCGAGGCCCAGAGACAGACAUGAGCUAUGGGCUGGACCUAUGUCUAGCCCCUUCCUCCCAUCACCAGCCUGCCAAAACCCUGCAAGGCCCAAGGUGCAGGGUAGGAAGGCCCAACAGGUUUUUUCAUAGGCUCCAACUAAUGAGGUGACAAUUAGCCCUCAGUAGGUCAAGGGCUAUUCUUGCCUUUUCAGGUUCUGAGAACCACUGUGUAGUCCCCUCAAAAAUGGCUGUUCUUCUAGAAGGACCUAAGUUCUCAUUCUUUUUCAACUCCCAUUUCCUGGAUUCCACAACCAGAUGCUUUCCUCAGUAAGACUCUCUGCUGGGCCCUGUCUUCUGGUUUAGUUUGGUGUCAGAGUCCCCCUAAUUGCCAACAGUUCCUGUGUCCCUUCCAUAAAUGACUCUCUGGGAGCUUGACCAGGCUGUGAGCUUUGGUGGCAGAGCAGGGCUUCAGAAGUGAUAUUUGUUACAACAUUAAGUUGCUUUAUACACCUCAGAUGGACUCAUGCACAUUUGGAUCCACCCAAAUCUUGGGAUCCUAACCAAUAUGUACACAGGUAUUCUCUCAGAGCUAAGGGUUGAAUAUUCUACCCAAACCUGGAGUUUUAGCAGGUGGAAGCUGAUGUUUUUCUGUGUCAAAAAUAAAAUCUCAUUUUUUGUUGUCAUAAAUCCCUCCUGCUCAUAUAUCUUUAAUCCUUGUUUUAACCUUACCACAGAGUAUUUUAACUCAAGUCUCAAACUCAAUUGUAACCCAGUUAUAACUAAUCCUAAAUCAAUCUCAACCCAGCCUUUGAUUUAGCCCUAGCUGUAUUCCUAAGCCUACCUGAAAUGAAACAAAAAUCCUAUUCUUUAUCAUAAUAGCAAUCCCAGGCAUAAACCUUAGCCUCAGUUGUAGCUGUAAUUCUAACCCUAAUGUCAACCUAACUCUAAUACCAACCUCAAAUCUGACCUUAACCUUAUUCAUAAUUUCAACUAAACUUAACCCCAGAUCCGGGCUUCAACCUAACUCUGACAUUAGCCUAAGUCCAGAACUCAAACCCUUACCCUGCUCUUCAUUUUAAUGGGACCAUGGCUGUAAUCCUUUCCUUUCCAUUUCUCUCUGCUUAGUCCCACUAGUUUUCCCUUCUACCCACCACCGGCCCACCACGUUUCCUUCUCAUGAGUGGGUCUAGUUACCCAUAGGGCCACCAAGCCCUUUUUUGGGACCCCUCUAGGCUGAGUCAGAAUGGUUGGCUAUCCUCUUCUUAGGCCCCAGCAUCACCAACUGAAUCAAAUCCCUUUAUUUCUCCAGGCCUCUAUUUGCCCAUCUGUAAAAUAGGGAUAAUGAUCCUUGUUCUCCAGAGGGAGAAAGACAAUCUCAUUAACCUUAAAAUAAAUAAGGAAAUAAGGCUAUUCACUGUGUACAUCUCGUGGGCCCCAAGGCACCCUGUUGUUGGAGUUCUGGGAGAGGGGUUUGGAACACAGAAAGAAACACAUGGACUCCUAGAACUUCCUUAUUCUUCUGUCUUAUUUUUUCCAGUACCGGGGAUUGAACUCAGGUCCUUGGGCUUUGCAAGGCAGGUGCAGCACCACUGAAUUAAAUCCCUGGCCCCUCUUCUGUCUUAUUUUUCUCAGAGUCCUGGCAGCAUCCCCCAGCCCCAUAACUCUCCCUAUGACCCUUCCCCCUCUGCCCUUCAUGAGCCCCAUGUCAGGGGUUGGGGGAGGCCCCUUGACUCCUUUGAGAGAGUCAAGCAGGUGAAGGAGGCCCCCCCAUCUACCUCUGUGGGCAGUCCUGGAGUCCAGGGGAGGCCCAGGUCUGUUCUGUACCCCUGGGGCAAACAAGGGCUGCCUUCUACUUUCUCCUUCUGCUGCCUGGGACCCUCUACCCGGCCCAGCUCUAGCCUGCCCAGAACUGUGCUGGCUUCCUCACCCGAAGACCUUAGUCACCCAGAUGAUCAAUCAGCUCAGGUUAUGAGGGUCUGCAUUAACCCUUCAAGCCCUGGGUGCUUCUCCUGGGCACAGAAGCUGGGAUACCAAGAAACCCCUCAAGGAAGCACACAGACUCUUCACACAGAGGCACCCCACCUCCUUCCCACCCGUACAGCUCACUCAGGCACACGCGCAUGUAGCCCUCCUGGACAUCCACUCCCCUCAUGGCCUCCGCACACCCUGGUCCCUCUUCUCUCAGGCCUCAGCAAACUGUUCCAGCUCUGUGUGUGUGGGGGGGUUAGGGGCCUGGGUCCCUCUUAACACCUCUGGCUCUUGAGGCUGCCUACACCUGGCCUGGGUGGAAGCACAGUUGGAUGGGAGACCUUGUUCUUGCAUAUACUCCUUCCCUCCUCCUCUCAGCUCUGAGGUCCUGCUCCCUUUGAAGGGCCAGAGGCCUGGAGGGGAAGGCAGGCUGAGCAUUCCUGGAUCCCUUUCAUCUGCUGGACCUUCCCUCCAGCCCAGAUGCCAGCAUGGCAGGAAGGGCCACCUCCCCGGUGUGCUUCCUCUCAGGCUUCCACCCGGAGGGAUCCCCCUGGAGGGUCAGGAAUGCUCAGAGCCUGGACUUAGGCCUGCACUGGGAGGGUGUAUCAAGCCCUGGAUCCUGGCCCAGUGUUAACUCUUCCAAGUCUGGUCACCCUUCCUCCCCAAGCCUGGGUUUUCCUUGCUUUUCCCCACUUCCCCCAGGGAAGGAGACAGCAAAUGAGUGGUGAGGGGAGCUCUGUGGACGCUGUAAAAUGGGGCGACUGUUGUCACCUGAGGACGUGGCCAGGAGGAAGUAGAUGUUUAACAGGUGCCUAAUUACAAGUCCUCCCGGCCACCCUGCACUACUCUCAGGACAGGGCAGAGCUUGGGUGAGGGCUGGGUAAUGCCUGGGUAGGCCAUCCUGUCACCCCAAUAAUUAGGGCUACUGGGGCUCCUCCCCAAGGCGGGGACCAGGCCCCCUCCCUCCCAUAGAAAUAACUCCGGCUGCUCCCCGGCUGGGCACUCACUGCACCUUCCUGCCACCCCGGGCAGUGUCUGGGGCCUCAGCUCCCCCUCCCUCCACCUGCCCCUUCCACCCACCACCACCACCACCACCACCAGCCCACAGGAGCCCAGCCCAGACGGAGGCGACACCGAGCCCAGAGACAUGGGAGUCCGAGGAACAUUCCGUCUUCUGCUCGUGUGCCUGAGCCCAGCACUGCUGUCUGCUGUAAGGAUCAACGGGGAUGGCCAGGAAGUCCUGUACCUCGCAGAAGGUGAUAAUGUAAGGCUGGGCUGCCCCUACAUCUUGGACCCUGAGGACUAUGGUCCCAAUGGGCUGGACAUUGAGUGGAUGCAGGUCAACUCGGACCCCUCACAUAGAGAGAAUGUGUUCCUUAGUUACCAGGACAAGAGGAUCAACCAUGGCAACCUCCCCCAUUUGCAGCAGAGGGUCCGCUUUGCAGCUGCAGAUCCCAGCCAAUAUGACGCCUCCAUCAACCUCAUGAACCUGCAAGUAUCUGACACAGCCACCUAUGAGUGCCGGGUGAAGAAGACCACCAUGGCCACCCGGAAGGUCAUUGUUACUGUCCAAGCACGCCCUGCAGUACCCAUGUGCUGGAGUGAAGGCCACAUGACAAAGGGCAACGAUGUGGUGCUGAAAUGCUUCGCCAAUGGGGGUUCCCAGCCGCUCUCCUACAAGUGGGCCAAGAUCAGCGGGCAUAUCCACCCCUACCGAGCAGGGUCCUACCACUCCCAGCACAGCUUCCACUCUGAGCUCUCCUACCAGGAGUCCUUCCACAGCUCCAUAAAUCAAGGCCUGAGCAAUGGGGACCUGGUGUUGCAGGACAUCUCUAGCGCAGAUAAUGGGCUGUAUCAGUGUACAGUGGCCAAUCACGUAGGCUACAGUGUGUGCGUUGUGGAGGUGAAGGUGUCAGACUCCAAGCGUGUGGGCAUGAUCAUCGGCGCCGUGCUGGGCUCUUUGCUCCUGCUAGCCUGCCUGGCCAUUGGCAUCUGGGGGCUCGUCCUCUGCUGCUGCGGGGGCGGCGGCGGGGUCGGCGUUGCCCGCGGUGCCUUCGGCUACGGCAACGGCGGCGGGGUCGGCGGCGGGGCCUGCGGCAGCGACUUGGCUAGUGAGAUCAGAGAGGACGCCUUGGCGCCCGGGUGCAAAGCCAGCGGGCGCGGCACCCGCGUCACCCAGCUCCUGGGGUAUCCGACGCAGAACGUCAGCCGCUCCCUGCGUCGCAAGUACGCGCCCCCGCCCUGCGGCGGCCCCGAGGAUGUGGCCCUGGCGCCCCGCACCGCCGCCUGCGAAGCGGGCCCCUCCCCGGUCUACGUGCAGGUCAAGAGCGCUGCGCCCGCCGCGCCCGCCGCGCCCGCCGAGGGCGCCGAGGGGCUGCAGCAGUGCAAAGAUGGGCUCUUGGUGUGAGCGCGCGCGCCGGGCUGGGCCCCGCCGAGACCGGGCGUGGGCCUCUCCGCCCGCACCGGGACGCUCCGGCCUGCGCACACCUCGCUCUCUUCCCCCCAGGCUGCCUGGCGGCUGGGGUUCGGGGAGGAAGAGGGGCUGAGGGAUUUCCCUAGGGGAAGGAGCGGGGAAGCACAGCCUCCUCCCCCAAAGUGGGAGGGGGCCGGGAAGGACGGAGGAAGGCAGUCUCGAGCCCUCCCUCACCCCCAGGCUCCAAGGCUCGGGAGUUGCGUGGGGCAGGGGCGAGAGGCGGGGAGGAGAAGCGCAGUCUACGUGAGAGAGCGGCCCCAGGCGCAGGUCGGGUGUCCCCAGCCAGAGCGGAGAGGCCCCCGGCCAGGUGGGUGGGGGUCUGGACUGAAUUGUUCUGUGUGUGAGAUCCGAGCUCCGGGCAGCAGUAUUAGCACAAUAAAAAAGCUUUAAGACCCGA